AUGAAUAACACCAAUGGGACAGAUUCAUUUGAUAAAGGAUUUUAUCUAGUUGCUUACAAUUCUUUGGGCAAUAAGAACUACCUGAUAUUGGCAUUAGGAAGUAUCUACCUGAUCACACUGCUAUGUAAUUUUAUCCUUCUGGCCAUGAUCCUGAUGAACUCCAGUUUACAGAACCCCAAGUUUCUUGCCGUUUGUAACCUUGCUGUAGUUGACAUUUCUAUAAACAGUGUUAUUAUUCCACAAAUGGUUCCUGUGUUUGUAUUUAACCUUAAUCACAUCAGUUUUGAAGCAUGCUUCUCCCAGAUGUUUUUCAUGCACUUUUUUGGUGACAUGGAGUCCUUUUCACUGGCCCUAUUGGCUUAUGAUCGCUUGAUUGCUAUCUGCUUUCCUUUGCGCUAUCCUACUAUCAAUACUAAUCUGAGGAUGGUGCUUAUAAUAGCCGGCCUGUGGUUUCUGGUAUUUUUGAUUGAGCUUUACCCUGUAGCUCUGGCCAGUGGUCUGUCCUACUGUAGAUCAAGAGUGGUGCCAAGCUGUUGUUGUGAGCAUGGCCCAGUUUACAAUCUAGCCUGUGGAGAUAUAUCUUAUAACAAGAGACUGGCACUUGCUAAGACAUUAGCUGUCCUGCUUGGUCCUUUGUCUUUCAUUAUUUGCUCAUAUGUCAUAGUGGUGGUGGCAGUGUUGCGAAUUGCGUCUACAACCCAACGUUGGAAGGCUUUCAACACCUGUCUUACUCACAUGAUCUUGGUCCUCAUGUAUUACCUGCCAGUGAUUUUGGCUUACAUACUAGGGAACUUGAAAUUACUGCAAUCAAUUGAUAUUUAUACAGCAGUUCUGACAGUGUGUGUCACCCUGCCAGCCAUGUUAAACCCUAUCAUAUAUAGUUUAAAGACUGAGGAACUGCGAGACAAGUUGCUGAUUUUUUUUAAGCCACAAAAAGUAUCAAACACAGUUGAAUAA